AUGGCGCAGGAUCUCAGCAUUAAAAACUACAAUGACGCAGAUCUAAGUGCCACAGAAGCCUCGCAGAUGCGCAAUCUAUGGUUUGCUUGUCUAUUUCAGGAUGCCUUUCUGUCGGCAUUGUUUGGUCAAACCAUGAGCAUCACACUUAUCGACUCCGCCUCAACUUUGGCAGACGUUGAAGAGGCUCUGGAAGAUCCGGAGAGCCCCAAGUACUUCUUGCAUGCUGUCCGACAGUCCCUUUACCUACGAUUGGUGCUCAGUGAUACAACGCAACUAGGCAGCCGCAGGCCACGGUUUGGUCGUCCGUCAACACUUGAAAACGACUACGCCUCGUUGAAGUGCUUCAAUGACAUUGAAAAGCUGGAGAUUCACCAAAGUUGCGCUCUGCAGAUGAUGUGGCAUCAUACUCAACUACUUCAAAUUUCACAAGGCACCGCUAUCAAAGACACAAUAGGCCCCGUUGUACCGCAGCACGGGUUGGGGGGAGCUGUGACAGUGGUCAAUAAUGCUUGCGAAUCGCUGAUAUGGUGCACCAGAGAGUUUCAGCGCUCAACAGCGGCUCAACUAUACGUAUGGCUGUACUGUGCUACAAGAGCUUUAAUGGUCGUCGUUGAUGUCUUGAUCUGCAGAAAGCGGAGCACCACAUCCUCAACUGCCUUUGACAUCAAGCUAGAAAAGGCCAUCGGUUCUGCAAGAGCACUCAAGGAUCGUCUCCUUGAGGACACUAGUUGGGGUUUGCAUUGGAUACAAGGGCACGCCAUCUCUGCAAUCCUACGUCGCUUGGAUGACGGCAUGUCACAGCGUGUCGUCUCACCUAGUGUGCUCAAGAUCGCGAAUCUCUGCAACGAAGCAGAACAUGAUUCGUAUACAAAGACAUUCGAAAGCGAGCAGCUGAGCAGCGUGACUGAAGAUGUGCAUUUCGAUGCAGCUUUCUCCUGCGCAACUGACUGGACGACAAUAUUUAGACAGUAUGAUUCAGAGUACAACUGGAUCUUAGAUGAAGCACCACAGCAGAUCUGGUAG